UCAUGCGGAAUACGUGGAUGUGCCACAGUGCUUAUCAGUCACAUUCACGUCCUCGACACGGCGAUACCUCACGGUGUGCACGAAGCUCGGACUGUUCCCAUCCUGGGGAUCCCAGGAGGCCGACGAACGAGCGGCAGCGAUAGACCCAGCGAGAUGGCUUGCGAGGCAUGCAAUGCCAAAUUCAACCUGUUUAAGAGAAAAAAACAAUGUGUGGACUGCUUAAGGUAUUUUUGCUCCGAAUGUGUGAUUAAACGAUUGGACAAAGUAUUUUCCUGCGAUAGCUGUGGUCUGUUGUCAAGGAGACCACUUAUCAGAAAUCAAAUCAGGCAGAUACGUUCUAGGGACUUACGGCAAUAUCUUGUAGCGAAAAAGGUUUCUGUUAAAGGUUGCGUUGAGAAAGAAGACUUGGUGCAUUUGCUAAUGCUCUUUGCUAAUGGAACUGAUUCUUGCUUAAGUUUUGAUCAUAACACAAGUACUAGGACUCAAAAUGCUACUGAAGAAUCAUAUUCCAGAGUCGAUCCUGUUUUUGAUGGAACAGAAAAUAUGCCAAAUGUCAGUACUGCAAAUAAUGAACCAACCCCAGAUGCACAGGUUUUAGAGCAACCUGUAAGAAGUGAGGAUGUCGAAAUGGCAGAAGAAGUAAGUGAAAGUAGUCAUAGUAGUCCAAUCAUUAGUGUUCCUGUAAGCAGCAAUGAUGAAUCACCUGAUGAGAGACCGACAAGAAGUACUGACAUAGAAAUAGAAGAAAUACUUGAGGUUGAUAAUAAUCCAAUCGAGCCUACCGCAUCGAAUACUGUAUCGGAACCGGUAAUCAUCGAACACGAGGAAGUUUCUGAAACACCAGACGAGAAAAAAUCGGAUAUGGUUACAGAAAUUCCCAUGUGGCCGGAUAAAGUGCAAUUGUCAGAUAUAAAAGAAGCAUCAGAAUUAGAAUAUCUAAGUGUUAAACAAUUAAAAAGUUUAUUGAAUACAAAUCGCGUGGAUUAUAAAGGCUGUAUAGAGAGAUCGGACUUGUUGAACAAAGUGACAAGAUUAUGGCGAGAAUAUAAUCAAUUUAGACAAGAUGUGGAAAAGCUCAGCGAGGCAGAAUUGUGUAAAAUCUGUUGGGACGCACCAAUUGAGUGUGUAAUUUUGGAAUGUGGCCAUAUGGCCUGCUGUAUAAACUGUGGUAAACAAAUGUCCGAAUGUCCGAUAUGUAAACAAUACGUUGUUCGUGUUGUGCGGUUUUUCAAAGCCUGAAGACGCAAUGAUUAUAAUAUUAGCGGCUGAUUAUAAUUUUGUAAUUCUGAAAAGAACAAUUAAAUUUGUGUAUAUGAUGUGUAUGUGGUAUGUAUGUGUAUGUAUGCGUGUGUGUAUGUUCAUACUUGUAACACUCCAUUUUCCUGUGAUCCUAAAAA